ACUGCAGAUGAGUUUUGGACGGAGGGGCCUGCCGUAUGGGGGCGUGGCUACGCAGCCGCCGUCUGACAGGCGCAGUUCACGAGCCGGCAGUGGCUGCGGCGGACCCUUCGAGACCUCUCAUGGCUCAGCCCGGGACUCCGAACCUCAAUAACGAGGUUGUGAAGAUGAGAAAAGAAGUGAAGCGAGUCCGAGUUUUGGUUAUCCGAAAACUUGUCAGGAGUGUGAGCAGACUGAAGUCAAAAAAGGGUACUGAAGAUGCACUGUUAAAAAACCAGAGACGGGCACAACGAUUGCUUGAAGAAAUCCAUGCCAUGAAGGAAUUGAAACCUGAUACAGUAACUAAAUCUGCUCUUGGUGAUGAUAUCAACUUUGAAAAAACCUGCAAGAAGCCUGAUUCUACUGCACCUGAAAGAGCAAUUGCCAGACUAGCAAUGCACCCUCUUCUGAAGAAAAAGAUAGAUGUGCUAAAAGCUGCUGUCAAAGCUUUUAAAGAUGCAAGACAAAAUGUUGCUGAGGUUAAAUCAUCAAAGAAUGUUUCAGAAGAAAAUCAUUCCAAGGACACUUUGUGUUCAAAUGAUGAUACCAGUAAGGUACAACAUGAAGGAACUAUUAUCAGUGACCAAAAAGAGAAAGAAGCCAAAUUAUUGGCAAAGAAACCAAUACAUUCAAAAGCAAAAAUAUCCAAGAUGGAACAUGAACCCAAAGCAGUGGAUAUUCCAGUCUCUCCACCAAAGCCUUCUGAAAAGGAUCCUGUAGUUCCCUCUGAGCCCCAAAAGAUACCUGCUGACCGAAAAGGGAAAAUGUUACGUAAAACAAGAAAAAAGGGAGAGUCUGAUAACUCAUGUAGCGGUAGCAGUGAUGGAAAGGAAUUGCAUGAAGAAGAGAGGGAUUAUUUUGAUGAUAGCACUGAAGAAAGGUUUUAUAAACAGUCUUCCAUGUCUGAGGAAAGUGAUAGUGGUGAUGACUUCUUCAUUGGGAAAGUCAGACGGACACGAAAGAAGGAAAGUAGUUUCCAUGCUUCAGCUGAGGAACAAAAAACCAUCCAGAAAGUGUUACCUGAAGAAGAUAUAUUUGAAACCCAGCGGGGUAUAAAAAAUGACAAAAAUAAGCCAAAUACAGAAACAAGGAAAUUUGAAUCAGUGUUUUUCCAUUCUUUAUCUGGAUCUAAAAGCUCCAGAAGAAAUUACAGAGAGCAGGCUCCGAAAAGCAAAACCUCAGGUUUUCAAAAAAAUGAACCUCAGAUCAAGAAUCAGUUUAGUAGGAGUGCACAAAGAGGACUUGAUAGUACAAAACAGCAACCACAACUGCCUCUUCAUCCUUCAUGGGAAGCAAGCAGAAGGCGAAAAGAACAGCAAUCUAAAAUUGCUCUGUUUCAGGGGAAAAAAAUUACAUUUGAUGAUUGAUUAAUACCUCUUUUUGUGAACCUUGCCAUCUGAAAGUUAAUUCUCUUUCCUUCUUUUUUCUAAAUUACGAGCCCAUUAUUUAAACUAGUGUUUGAAUAAGCUUCCUUAGAGAGAUUAUAGGAAUAAGUUGUUGUUAUUUUUCUUUUUUUAAGUCUGUUCAAGUUGUGUUUACAUAAACCUGCCAUAAAUCAAACAUAUAAUUAAAUUGAUUCUUAACAAUAUUCCCAGACAGUUCCCUCUCUAAAAGAUUUUUGAGGUCAUAGCUGUCUCAGGUUUUCUCAUUAGUGCUUAUCAUGAAGUGUAUUUUAUUAGUUUAGCUCCAUGUGUCUUGCCUUGAAAAUAAAUUUUGGGGUAUAUUUAAAAUAAUGAAAAAUAUGAGGAAAUUCUAACUAUUUAUUUAAAAUAGAUCAUCUUUGCUAAAAGUUAUCCUUGUUAGCCAAACUGACAGUAACUUUUAACAUAGGUAUACAGAUAAGUUAUACAAAUAAAUACUGAUUUUUAUAGUUUUAAUGAUUGAUGAUCUCGUACUUUCUGACUGUUUUAAAAUCGUUUCCCAGGGCAAUUUUGGAUUUCUGAAUUAUGUUUCAGUAUUUUUAGGCAACAUACAUGUUUAACUGUAGCAAGACAACCAGAAAUGGAAUUUCUGUAUCACUGCAUAUAAAUAGUUCUGUUAAGUCAAGAAUGUGGAACAUGUAGUUAGUUACUUGACUAUAUGCUCAUUUAGAAACAUUUUUUGAGGAAUCAUAGACUGGAAGUUAAAAGAACAAAUUCUGAAGGAGGUAUGGUUGAAAGAGCAUUUCCACUGAUAGCUGAGUAGAGAGGUUUGACAUGACUUACUGAGGAAGGGACUACUCCAGACAUCUUAGCACUGUUAUUUAAAAGGAAAACAGGAUUUUAAAAACCCAUUUUAAGUUUAUACUUUUGCUACACUGGGACAGAUAAACAGUUCUUGGUUAACUUAGUAAAGAUAACUACAUUCCAUAUUUUCUAUGCAUAUCCUCAGGUACUGUCAAUGGCUGGAAAAACUUUCUAGUUAGCAGGAAUCCAUAAGCUCUGGAAAGCUAUUUCUUUUUUUCCCAAGAGCUUAAGAAUUUGAAUACUAGAGCAAUGAAAUUCAAGAGAUAAUGCAGAGAGAAAAUUAUGUUUGCUGUGUUGCAUGCAAAAUGUUUUUUCUCUUUUUUCUUUCCAGUUUUUCAAUUUUUAUUUUGACAUAAUUUCAAUAAUGUAAAAUUGAAGUUACUUUCAACUGAAAUUUUAAUUAUGGAAAAUUAUUACAGGAAAAGAAAAAUGUGUCUUUGCCUACCCAGAUUUAGCCAAACUGCAAGGUUGAGUACACUAUCUUACAGACUGCCAAGUCUCCCCAAGACUUCUUACCCCAACUGCAAGGAGUUAGAAUCCAACUACAAAGUUAGAGGGAUGAGCCCACAAAGACCAUGCUCACUUUCUUAGACUGGCUGCAGGUUUGGAGGUGAAGGAGAAGGUUGCAGGGGGAGGGUUCCCAAACAACCUCAGAUUUAAAAAUUUACAAGAUAUCUCCCAGAACUCACUGAAACCUAUUAUAUUCACAGGUAUAUAGUUUAUUAUGGAGAAAAGGUUUAUCAUAUAACCGGCCAAAGCAAGAGAUGCUAUAUAUGAAGGUUCUAAACACAAAGCUUCUGUUGUCCUGAGGGUGCAUUAUCAUCCUGGCAUCAGUAUGCAAAACAUAUUGCCCAUCUGAGAAGCUUACUUAAGCUUCAGUGUCCAGAAUUUUUAUUGUGGCUUCAGUAUACAGACAUGAUCAACUGAUGAUUGUUCCAAGUGGACUGAUAUCCCUUGACCCAAAGCCCCCAUCCUAGAUCACAUAGUUUGUUUUUUUUUAGUGUAGCUAACUUCUUACCUAAACAGACACUCCAGUCAGGUAAAACAGAUCUCCAUCCAGAAACCAUAGGCAAAGUUCCUCUCUUUGGGCAAGGCCAAGUUCUGCACCACACAAUAUCCUUCACCCCAGUUUCACCAGUACUAACGUUCACUGCAUUUGCUUUACUUUUGGCUCUCAUCCUCCCUCCCCUCACUUCCUCCUCCUCUUUUUCCUCUUCUCUUUCUUUCUCUAUUUCUGUCCAUUUCUUUCUUCCCCCUUUCUCCAUCUACUCUCUUCCUCUCACCUUUUCUCUCCCUCCAUUUCUUAUCCUCUCUCCUACCCUUUACAUCAGCUCUUUAAAAACAGUCAUUUUUAUUCUCUUGUAUUACCACAAUCCACUUAACAGAUUAUCAGGUUUUCCAAUUGUCCCAGUGUCUUUACAGCAACAGAAAAUCCAGGAUCAUGCCUUACAUGCAGUUUUCAUGUCUCUUUAGUUGGAAGUAGUUUCUGGGUCUCUCACUAUUUGAUGACACUGGCAUUUUUCAGAAGUACAGGCCAGUUUUGUUUUGCAUUGCCCCUUUAUGUGGGUUUUUCUCAUGUUCCCAUUACUAAAUUCAAGCUGGGUACUUUUGGUUGGGAAGAAGUCAUAGAAGCGGUGUUAAGUUUGUCCCAGGGCAUAUCAGGAGGUGGAUAAUGUGGCCUAUUGUUGGUGAUGUGAACUUUGCCUACUUGUUUGAAGUUACAUCCAUAAAGACUCUCCACUGUAAAGUUACUGCUUUCCUCUUUAUACUUAAUAUUUUUUUGAGGGGGAUACUUUGAGACUACAUAUAUAUCCUGUUCUGAAACUUUCAUGUGCUAUUUUAACACUGGUUCAUGAUUCUUACCUAAAGUAAUUAUUGCAAUAGUAGUUGUAAAUGAUAGUUUUAAAAAAAAAUUCAUCUUGAGUCUACAUUUAUUUAUUAACCAACUUUUUAUAAUAAGAAGGAGCUUUCCUUUCUCCCCUCUUCUAUUUUUAAGUUUAUUCCUGUGUGAUCUAUGGAUACCUCUUUCAUCCUAUUUGUACUUAUUUUUUUAGUUGAAUAUUUUUUAUUACUUCAUUUUAUCUAUUAUUAGCUUAUAAGUUUUAUAAUACAUACCUUUCAUUUAUCACAGUUUAACUUCAACUAGUUUAUGCUACUUUACAUAGAGCCUAUGUACCUUAAUACAUAAUACUUGAAUUUCCUUCCUCCCAGCCUUUUACAAUUCUUUACACACAUUUUGCAUCUACAUAUAAUGGUACAAUACAUUAUUUUUGCUCUAGUAUUCCAUUUGUCUUUUAUCAUGUUUGUGUUUUUCUGUACUUCCUUGAACAUGUGGAACAUUAAUAGCUGUUUUAAUGAUUUUGCAUGCAGUAGCACUCAAUCUGGGGCAAGUUUUACCCUCAGGGAAUAUCUAGAGAUAUUUUGGAUGUGAAUCUGGGGGAGGGGAGUUACAUCUAAUGGAUAUAGGCCAGGAAUGCUGCUAAACAUUCUAUAGUAUAUACAACAAAGAAUUGUCCGGCCCAAAAUGUCAGUAGUGCUAAGGUUGAGAAACCUUGUUCUAAGGCUCAUUUAGCUCCACUGGAGUCAUUGCCAUUCUAGAACUCUACCUGAUGCUUUCUAUUAGGAAAUCUUCCUGUUGUGUCUGGUGAGAACACAAACUAUACCUGGGCAUGUGUAGUUCCCUGGGAUUGUUCCACCAACUCCUUUCUAGUGACUUUUCCCACUACUGGCCUUGGUAGAUUCUUGGGUCACAUUGCCCAGGUCAGUUUUACACCAUCGACUUGAGGGGAACCUCUGUAGAUCUUCAGAGCACUUUCUGUGCAUCUUCUUCCACUCUAGUCUUUUGUCUUCUUUCUUCUAGUCUUCUUUCUCCUAGUAUUUUGCCUCCAAAAUUCUAGUCACAUCAGCCUAUCUAAACUCUGAAUUUUAGGUCUUCCAAUAAGGCCACUGGGCUAUUUUGGGUGUUCCUUCCCCUUGCACUAUAGUUCUGAAACUUUUCAGACAGUGAUCUGAAGUACUCAUUUUUCUUUCUCUCAGGUAUUACUGUCCUAUACUGCUUUUUGUGCAUAGUCUGAAAACCUCUGUUUUUAUAUAUUUUUUAGAGUUUUCUAGUUAUGUAAUAUAGAAAGGCAAAUCUAGUCCCUGUUAUUACAUAACAGUCAGAAACACAAGUCCAUUAUUUUGAUGCUGAAGUUUACCUUAAUUUGGCUGGUGGGAGCCUUCUCCAGCCAUCUCCUGUGUUAUUUUGUCAUGUAAGUCCUUUUUCUGUGAGAAAAAUGGCUCCCAUUAUCUGCAGUAUAUUUACUUACUGUCUUAACCCUAGAAUACACAGAAGUUAGUUUCAGAAUUGCUAAUCAACCCCUCUGCAAAAUAGAAGUCUACUAAUGAAAAUUCAAUAUAUGUUUAGUUUUCUUUUUUCUUUAGCCUAAGAGCAUACCAUAUCACAACUAAGUCUGAGACUCACUCGGGAUGAUGUCAGCAAAAAUGACAAGAGUGAGGACAGCUAGAAGUUGUCUCCAUAAAAACCAAUUAGAGAACUUAUUGUCACAAGCAACUUUUUCAGAACUGUGGAAUUAAUGAAAAUCUUAUAACAAUCCAGAAGUGUUAUUCAAGAAAAAUGGCUGAAUCUUGGUAAAAACAGUCAUCUGUGUGAUAUUUUAGCUUGCCCUGUUCUCAUCUCCCACUCCCUAGAUCCAUGGUAGUCUUGAAAACCAAGAGUUCACAAUCACAGUCAAACUGGCAGCCUGGCAGCACCUGGAAUGGGCAGAAAAGGAUUAGGGUUUCUUCAAAGAUACAUUCCCUGAGAACUUUAUUUGGUUUGUUAGUUCACUGGAAAACCCCACAUGCAAGUCUGUCUUGAGAAGCUAUUUUCUUGAGAUCGCUUUUAAAAGACAUGUAUAGCCAGUGUUUAACAUCGUGGCUGUCUGUGGUAGCGAAUAACAAUUGGGACAAACAAGAAGUUCAUCAAAAAGCUUAAAAGGAAAUCUGGAGAAUUCAUUAUCCAUAAAUAUUCAUAAGUUUGGCAUCUUUGGUAAGUUCUGACAUAUUUCUUGGAAAUAAGGAAAUCACGUGCAUGUACAGGGCUGCUUGUAUGUUCGGGAAAAAGCUGAGAAGACCCUAAUCUCACCUCUGGCUGACCUUGAGGUUUUGUCAACCUCCUGGUUAAGUGUUGAAGGUGUACCCCAACACGCACACAGAGCACCUCAGCAAAAUCAAAAGUGUUGAUCCCAGGCAUUUAAGACAAUCUGUCCAGUUAUUAGUAACCACUAAGCUAAUGAAGUAGAGACUUCAGUGGCCAUACACAACAAAAAAUACAGACUUCACAAAAAUAGUUCACAAACUCACCAAACAACAAAAACAAAACCCUGAGGACAGGGUAAUACCUGAUUUCAGGAGGUGCACUAUUAUAUUUUAAAUGUCCAGUUUUCAGUAAAACAUUAGACAUCUGCAGAAAUAGGGCCAUAUGCAGAAGGAAAAAAGCAGUAUGUAGAAACCGUUCCUGAGGAGGCCUGGACUUUGGAUUCGUUCAACAAAGACGUUAAUUAAGCUAUUUUAAGUAUGUUCAAAGGGUCAAAGGAAACGACGUCUAAAGAGCUAAAAGUCUGAGAACAAUGUCAUUAAAUAGAAAAUAUCAGUGAUGUGCCAGAAAUAAUAUAUUGAGACAAAAAUUUAGAAGUUGAAAAGUAUAGUAACAAAUGAAAAAUGAGGGCUCAAUAAAAGAUUUGAGCAGGCAAAAGAAAGAUUUGGUAAACUUCAAAAUAGACCCAUUGAGAUUAUCCAGUCUGAGCAAUAGGAAAAGAAAAAAGAAUAGAUCCUCAAAGACUUGUGGAAUGCCAUGAAGUGUAUCAACACUGGCAUAAUGGGAGUUUCAUAUGACAUCACAUUUCCUCUCAGCUGUAUACCCCAAGAGAAGUGAAAACAUUCAAACAAGAACUUGAACAAAAGUGUUCAUAGUAGCAUUAUCCACAGUAGCAAAGAAGACGAAACAACCCAAAUAAUCCACAAACUGAUGACUGGACAAACAAGUGAUAUAUAUAUAUACCACAGAAUAUUCAGCCAUAAAAAGGAGUGGAGUAUUGAUACAUGGUAUGGCAUGAAUGAAGUCUGAAAACAUCAUGCUAAGAAAGAAGCCAAGCACAAAAUGUGGUUCCACUUACAUAAAAUAUCCAGAAUAGGUAAAUCCAUAGCAACCUAAAGUAGAUUAGUGAUUGCUAGGGGCUGGGGGAGGGAGGAGGAGUGAGUGACUGAUAAUGGGUAUUCUAUUUCUUUUUGAACUGAUGAAUGUGCUCUGAAAUUGGAGGUCAUGUUGGUUGCACAACUCUGAAUAUACAAGAGUCCACUGAAUCGUGCAUUUUAAAAGAGUGAAUAUUAUGGUAUGUGAAUUGUAUCUUAAUUUUAAAAACACUAAAAAGUUAGCCUGAUUAGUUGCCUUUUCUCUUGUUGCCCACCCAUCCCCUAUAGAUAAGCAAUUUCAUUAGUCUCUGAUGUAUCCUUCCUGUGUAUCUAUUUGCACAGAUGAAUAAAUAUAUGUAUUUAUAUUUUC